AUGACGACGCCACAGUUUCCAAUCGUCAACGGCGUCGAGGUCUUCCGUGAGCCUCCACCCGGAUAUGUGGUCGACUUUGAACACCCCCAGUCCCAAAAGGUCAUGGAACACUACCUCAUCUUUGGGCUGAUGGGACCUUUGGCCCUCAUCGCCUUGGCGCAGCGAUACUACACCAAGAUGUUCCUCUCCAAGGGUCUGCAGUUGGAUGACUUGUUCAUGUUCUUGGGAUGGAUGGCAUCUGUCGCGACGCAGGCCCUACUAAUAGCCUCAAUCCUGCAAGGUGGCAUGUGCCACCAUAGCUGGGAGCAAUCACUAGAGAACUUCGAGCGGUAUGCAUUCAUGACCUACUUGGCAGCGCCCAUCUACAUGCUUUGCAACGGUUUCACCAAGCUCUCCCUGCUUACCUUCUACCUUCACCUGUCGCCUCAGAAGUGGUUCCGCAUCGCUGUCUGGACCUCCCUCGCGAUCGUGGCCGUCUACACAAUCGUCAUCACCCUACUCAUGUUCUUCGGGUGCACUCCGCCCCAAAAGGCCUUCCAGUUCAAGACGACGGGCCAAUGCAUCAAUGCCGGCAUCUUAUACAUGGCCACGGCGGUCUCCAACAUCAUCACCGAUACGAUGUUGUUUGUUCUCCCGAUUCCGAUGAUAUAUAAGCUCCACAUGCCUGUCAAGAUGAAGAUUGGUGCCAUUGUGGUAUUUGGGAUUGGAUCUAUUACCAUUGCGACGUCUAUCGUGCGACUGGUGUAUCUACCUACGUUACUACAAAGCACAGAUCCCUCGUGGGAUGCUGCGCCGGCUGACAUUUGGACGUUCGUCGAGGGCAAUUUAUUCGUCAUCUGCGGCUCGAUGCCCACUCUCCGCAAAUUCUUCAAGCACUUCGUGCCACGUCUCCUGGGAUCCAGCUACGGCAGCUCAGGCUACCAGUACGGGGCUGGAGGAACAUCUGGUCAGGCCCAGAGCCGAUCCGUCAUGACGCGCCUCCGGAACAAGCACAAGUCGUACUCGCAAUUCCCGGCCGACGGAGAGUCCAACGAGAUGCAGACACUGGCCACCAACGGGGGCAAGAAUGGCGAGCGGACCGUGACGAUAUCGGUCGCUGACCGAACGAGCAGUGACCAGAAGCCUGACGACCACAGCGAGAAGGCUAUCCUCCAAACGAAGAGUUUCACUGUACAGUACGGCGGCGCGUAG